ACCCGGUGCGAGGUAGUGGCGCUCAGUGCGGCCGCCGGUACAGCAGCAAACACACUCGCGGCUCGGCGAUGUUUCCGCUCAGCUGAACUGAGCGCACGAGGGACGCUCUCUCGUGUCCUCCGUCCGCGCAGGAGGGCAUUUAACCCAACGUGUUUUUUAUCUUCACCUUCCUCUGUCUCCUCGAUCUCAUCUCACGUUCGACCACUUGGCCAAGCACGCGCCAUCAACGCUAUCAUCGACUCACCACCAGCAACCACGAAAUAAUUAAAAAUGCCAGCUGUACCGGCAGUAGCCGAAGGUGCAGGCCAACUGGAGGACCUGGACGAGCCUCCAGAGCCACGAGUUCGCGGAGGAAGCGGAAGAGCAGGGCUGAUGAAGCCGCUGGUUGUCCUAGCACUUCCUGGCAUGUACCUCUUCUAUAAGUACAGCCAAUACAGAAGGGAACAGCGCGAAUUGUCUCGUAGAAGGGUCACCGAGAGGGAACUUCAGCAUCUUCAUCACAAAAUCGACAAAUUGUUGACGAAGCUGGAAGAGAACGAGCCAGAAUUAGCCUCUUCACAGGAAGAUGAGUACUCGAUGUCUGGGAAGUCUUGCAUCUUGCCCCAAAGUGCAUCAGAGUACAAUAUGGGGACUGGGGUUUCCGUUGGGGUGACUGGACCUGGCGGUAGAUGGGUUCCUGGAAAUGUUCCAGCUUCUGCUUCCCUCUACUCCAUGGCCAGUGGCUCGUCCUCUAUUUCUGGAGUGUCUUCCGUAUCUUCUUCGAGUUCGUCUUCUGCAAGUAGCACAGGAAGUUCAAACCUUGGGAAACCUACGAGGGUAAGGCAACCUUCCGGUGCGACGUUAAGACGCUCGCAGACGCAAUCCAUGAAAAUGAGGAUUCAGGAAUACCAAGAUCCGAUUCAGCAAGUCGCUGAGGAGGAGGAAGUUAUGAGGGAGAAUCGGGAACGUAGAUUGCCACCGAUCAAAGAGUUCCAAAGGGACUAUCGUGCUGGGAAAGCCUCCACUAGGAUACGAUGUGCUCAAAAAAUCGUGACCCAAUUGGAGACGUCGCCGAGUCCUAGGGGUUCGACUGGGGUGAACAACUCGACGUCUUCGUCGUCGGCUAGGUCAGCGGCGAAGAGGCCUCAGUCGGCGCCAAAAUUGUCGGUCGUACAAGAGAUUCAGAAAUCGAAGAAAGAAAAAGAGCGAGAGAAGGAAAGGGAGAAAGCGGAGAAGGCUCGUCAAAAAGAAGAGGAGAAGGCUGAGAAAAGCAGACAGAAAGAAGCGAAGAAAUUAGCCAAGGAGGAAAAGAAACGAGCAAAGAAGGAAGCAAAAGCGAGACGGAAGGAGGCCGAAGAGGCUCUCCUCAGGGAAGAAAAGUAGUCUUCUGUGGAAUAGGAACAACGUAGAAAUUCUGAGUGAUCAGCAAGGUAUUCCAAAAGCCUGGACGAAGGAUUUUGGACAUGCUCUUGAUGAUCCCCUCGUCACUCAUGGGGUUUUGUUCAAGGUACGUCGCAAAAACUGGUUACAUUAUUAAAAAUCAGAGAUUCACGAGAGAAUUUUAUAAAUUCUUAGAGUACAAUCGUAGUAUUCUUCCCGAAGCAUUGUCGUCUUUGAUUCUCUUCGAAUCAAAGUAGUUCACAAUGUUCAUCGUCGUAGCGUUUUUUCAGUCCGGGAAGGAAGGGUCUAUUUAACAGUUAUACAGUAUGGAUCAUGGAAAACAGCUCACCUAAUUCUUUUCUAACAGCAAGUUUUAUAACUAUCGAAAGUAGUUAUAAUUAGAGAAGAAAAUUAGACAGCCUGUUGGGCAAGAUCCAUUCUGUAUUAUCUCUUUAGUUGACGAACAAUUAGGAUAAGGCGUUUUAACGUUUUAUAAAGAACGAGAGAAAGAGAGAGAGGAAACAGUUUGCGAUGUGACUUGAAUUGAGAGCAAAAACAACCCCUUGAAGGUGGUGAGAACGUAAUAGAGGCGGUAGAGACGUAUACCUAAGAAAACCUAGAAGCGGCCAAACUUAGUAACCUGUCAUAUCGAGUUUAUCGCGGACUAAAUAAUACUAAUCGAUAUAGAAAAAGAGACUCGAGAAGCGUAGUGGCUACGUUGCUACAUAUUAUUUCACGAUUAUCGCGUAUAAUCUUUACCUUUAUCCUCGACGUUUCCAUUUUUUAGGAACAGCAAACCUCGUGACGUUUGUCGUUACUUUUUUAUAUAUUAUAUAGAGAUCACUCACAUCAGUUUCAUACUUUAACGUCGGUCGUUUUUAGCGGUAUAAUGAAACAGCGAUCCAAGACCUAUCUUUCAGUCUCUGCUUCACGGACAAUACUUUUGAGGACGUAGUAUUUAAUUCGCAGCUAUUCCCCUGUUCAAGAGAGAGAAUGUUCAUUAGCAAACCUAUCACUCUGUUCCUCCAGUUCGUUCAUCCUAGUCAUUGUUCGUUCGUUAGAACAUACAAUCGUAUCAUCGAAAAUUUUCUUUUUCGCUUUCAUCCCUGUUCGAUUGAUUUCAUCCCUUACAUCACGUACGUGUGUAGACACGUAGAAAAGUGUUCGUUCGUCUCCGAAGGAGUUAACCCUUUGAACACUCAUUAGAUAUAUUUCAUUUAAGAUGAAUUAACACUUUGACGAUAAUUUACCUUAUUUUUAUUUGUGCCAAGAUCGUAAGAAAUAUAAAUUACUGAUAUAUGGUUUUAUCGUUCGCAAAGGGUUAAAUGAACACGAAAACAGCCUAAAUUAAGGGUUCGACUAAAAUCGAAAAACACUCGCGAUGGGUGAUUGUUCGACGGUGAGAAUAGUUUUAAAACAUAUAGUACAAUACGAUAGAUAGAGAAAGAGAGAGAGAGAGAGAGAAAGAAAGAGAAGUGCAGAGUUUCGAGCGCAAUGGGUGCCUCGUAAUCGACUUCGUGAUUAUCGUAGACGAGUAGCGUUUUAUCGAUUCAUUUUUUGAUCCUCUUCUCUCUGUCUCGAGACAACAGAUGCUUCAUUAAAUUGAUUACUUAUUAAAUUUUACCAUUUGCCCUAACCGUGUGACGAUUUCCUUGCAUGACUGUAACUUGAAUAUUACGAGUAUACGAUUAACAGUUACGAGACUAACUACAUGAUUAGACCUCUUUGAAGCUGUUCAAGCUCCUUUUUCCAACCCCCUUCGGUUCGACGGGCGAUGCUGGAUAAAAAUGAUGCAUUAAUCUAGAAUUAAAAAGAUAUUGUUUGAUCGAUAUUUUCUAUUAUUAGACGAACCUCUGGUACCUUUAUCUUCCAGGAUAUUCACUCGAAAUACAGCUGAUCUUCUUUAAAGGAAAAAUAAUAGCUCCAGUGUCGUUCAUGAGCCAGCUCAAGCAGCCAAAAAUCAAAAGCAAUUUUUUACAGCGCGCGACAAUGAUUUAUAAGAUGGAUAUCAAAAUAAUGAUACUGAACGAGCAGAAACACCGAUUGACAGACGAUUCUCGCGAAAAAAGCUACGAUUUCUCGUUUUCCUUUCGGUCAAGUUUCCUCCUCUAAAUUAAUUUAAUUUAUGCAAUUAUGCGGUUACAAAUUACUUAUUGUUAGAGAGGUCCAAAAAUUUUUAUUUCUUUUUUUCCAGCUUCAUUUGUCAAGCAUUUUUUUGUUUUACCUAGGCUUGAUUCUUUGUUACUCGCGAGCAAAUGAUCGGGAAAGUCUCCAGUUUUCCUCUGUUCGAACUAGCUCCUUGUAAAUCGUUCUUUACAUGGCGCAAAGAAAAGAGUAGACUGUUUAAUUUCUCGCGGUGCGUUCGAUGGAACGCGACGAAGCAUACUCGACGAUCUUUGUUGUAUCUGAGAAAAAACAUCGCGCACAUAUCAGUAGUAAUUAAUGCAUUUUACUCGGCGUCUUUGCUUCAAUUUCGUCGCGGAAGAAAUCGGAUACGAUUUUACUCUAUCCUUUGUGAUCGGAUGUUCGCGAAGUUCGAAAGACGAGAUUGAUUCCACGACGCCGUUAAUUAGUGUGUAAUUGUAGACUGUCAAUUAUUACCUGUUACACAUCGAUUUCAUUCGUAACGACGUGUCACGAAGACGAGGCCAUCAUUGGCGAUGAUUCUUCGAGUUCUCGAUCCUUUCACUUACAUAUACAUCGUUGCAAAAUAAUUGGCCGUGUAUAAUUCACAACGAAAGGAUUGAGAAUUGACUCCAUCGAACGCUUGGGAAGAAAAACAGGUUUUCCAACUUUUGAGCAAAGAGAAAAAGCUCGAUCGUGCGUUCGUGUUUCGAAUCGUUUCGUUUAGAGACUUUCUCGAAUACAGAUGAUGAAAAAUAAAUGAUGGAAGAAAAAAAAAAGAAAAGAAUGCAAGCAAUGUCGAGCGAGUAGCUGAGAGAAGAGAUCAUAAUAUAAUAUAUAAAGAACGAGAGAUAGUGAAAGAAAGAGCGAGUGUUUUCUGCCAUCGUAAAGUCAAUUUUAUCGCGUACGUAUGUAUAUGUAUCGUUUCAAGUGUGUGUGUGUGCGGAUCCAAUGAAACGGACGCCGCGCCGUCAUUGCAGCUAGAUAUUUUUGCUGAGAAUCACGAUUCUCUGGUAUACGUGGCCUGAAAUUCGAACAUGAGCGAAAGAAACGAGCUGACAGCUACAAUUCGCAGCAGAAAGUCUCGAAUCAAUGUUAAAAAAAA